AUGCCUUCACUCUGCCCUUUGCGCCGGUGUCCAGUGUGGACCCUCUUCACGUUAAGACAAUUCCUGUGCACCUUCUCGGACACCCGCAGCAAGGGAGGAGAGGAUCCACAGCUGACUAACAGUGUGGCCGGAAUCUGGAGGGGAGAAGAGCGGCCCAUUCUAACCCCCAGAAACUGUGGGGACUUCACCAGUCCCCUUUCAUGUCCCCUGCAGUGUGCAGCCACGGAAACAGCUGCUGCCGGCUUUGGGGGCUGUUUGAGUCCUAAUUGGAACUUCCACCCAGAGACCAGGAAAGAAAAGAAAAGGAGUGUCAACUACACGGACAAAAUCAUAGACUUUUAUCAGAUCUUUUCCCGUGCUAAUAGCCUUUGGCUGUUGGAUCACAUAUGGCAUCUGGUUGGGCAUCAAAAAGUGAUCAAUCAGACAUGGCUUCAGGGGAUACAGGAUGCUCACCUGAGCUGCCAGUCACCGACUGAGAAGUGGAGCAGUGUUUCUUCCACAGACUCACCUGAGAAAUCGGCCUCUGGGGCAGGCACCGGGAAUCUGCCUUUUCAGUUCUGUCUCCAGCAGGCUCUGAGGAUGAAGGCUGCGGGUAUUCUGACCCUCAUUGGCUGCCUGGUCACAGGCGCUGAGUCCAAAAUCUACACGCGCUGCAAACUGGCAAAAAUAUUCUCGAGGGCUGGCCUGGACAACUACUGGGGCUUCAGCCUUGGAAACUGGAUCUGCAUGGCGUAUUACGAGAGCGGCUAUAACACCACUGCCCAGAGGGUCCUGGAUGACGGCAGCAUCGACUACGGCAUCUUCCAGAUCAACAGCUUCACGUGGUGCAGACAUGGAAAGCUGCAGGAGAACAACCACUGCCACGUCGCUUGCUCAGCCUUGAUCACUGAUGACCUCACAGAUGCGAUUAUCUGCGCCAGGAAAAUUGUUAAAGAGACACAGGGAAUGAACUAUUGGCAAGGCUGGAAGAAACACUGUGAGGGGAGAGACCUGUCCGACUGGAAAAAAGGCUGUGAGGUUUCCUAA